UGCAGAGCGCGGUGGGCGGGGCCGAGGAGUCGCGUGUCGUGCGCAGAGCGCGGUGGGCGGGGCCGAAGAGUUGCGUGUCGUGCGCAGAGCGCGUGUGGCGCAGCGCAGAGGAGGAACAUAAACAGUUGGAGUCACGUCUCCGAGAGGCCAUGAGCAGCAGCGAGUGCUUCGGAUGCGGCCGCACGGGCCACUGGAUCAAGAACUGUCCCAGCGCGGGCCGCGGCCGAGGAAAGGGUCGAGGCCGAGGGAAAGAUCUGUUCUGCUAUCGCUGCGGAGAGCCCGGCCACGUGGCCAGAGACUGUGAGAGGACCGAGGACGCGUGCUACAACUGCGGCAGGAGCGGUCACAUCUCCAGAGACUGCAAGGAGCCCAAGAAGGAGCGCGAGCAGGUGUGCUACAACUGUGGUAAAGCUGGACACAUGGCCCGCGACUGUGACCACGCUAACGAGCAGAAGUGCUACUCCUGCGGCGGCUUCGGACACAUCCAGAAGGGCUGCGAGAAGGUCAAGUGCUACAGGUGUGGAGAGAUCGGACACGUGGCCGUCCAGUGCAGCAAGGCCAGCGAGGUCAACUGCUACAACUGUGGCAAGUCUGGUCAUGUGGCUAAAGAGUGCAGCAUCGAGGCCAGCGCUUAGCCCCGGCUCCUCCAUCGCCUCCUUUUCCUGAUUGAUGGUUGUUUUGUCUCUGAAUCCUCUUCACUGGCCAGCGGCUGCUGAUAGAGGCUCUUCCCAGGCCAGUGAGCUCUUGACAUGUUAAAGGAGGAAAGGGGUGGAAAAACACUUUCCACUUUCUGCAUUUAAUACAAAAAAAAGUUUAUGUUUAGUUUGGUAGAGGUGUAAUGUAUAAUGCUUUGUUAAAGAACCCCCUUUCCGUGCCGCUGGUGAACAGGGAUGUGUGAGGUGUGUUUGUGGAGUAGACAGGCCUCGGAGACAUCAGGAAGAACACACGGUAAUAACAACCACACAGACAUCAGGGAGCGCUCGCUUCUGAAUGAUGUGCAGUUUAGUGUUCUGGAUUGACCUGGAGAAGCAGCACAGGUCACAUCCGGUCGGGUCUGUCCGGCUCAGACCUAACCGCUGGAUGGAGAACAAUAAUGAAUACACAACAAGUGAUAUAACGCAGAUAACUUUAAAGCAUAUUCUGGAAACCUUGAGUAAUAACAGGACAUGAAAUCCUUUGUAAAGCACGGGCUGUUGGGUCAGUUCAUUACCCCAGGUGAUGAUGGACAGAGGUCAGGUCAAGUCGCUCUACACAAAGUGAACACUUCAGCAAGAGAAGAAAUAGAGUCGAAGAAAGGUGAAUCUUUUCACAGAAAUCAAAAAGAUAUUUUUGUACAAUAUCACUUAGGCUACUCUAAAAAUAAUAAUAAUAAAACACUUUGAUUUGCUUGUACUCAGUUUUUAAGUCGGAGGGUGAAUGCAACUGAAGUUGUAGGACAUAGAAAUGUAAUUUAAACUCAAUAAAUCUGGAGGAGGAAGGGG